CGUUCCCACAGGUCGGACAGAAAAGCAGCAUCGCCGCGCUGCGCCGCCCCUCUCCGUCCUCCGCCGAUCACCGUGCCCCGGGGACUGGUUCCGCCCGGCCCAGAUUUCCGGCGGAGAGAUUCGCGGGAGCGACCUAGAGAUCUGCUGAUUUGGGAUGACUGAUGAAAUUAAGAAGGAAUCUCCAUCCAUCAGCAUUAAGGAGGAAGAAAAUGUUGCGAUUUAUAGUCAAGAGAAAGCAGCAGAAGAGGAGGAAGAGUUAUCACAUGCAGAAAUCUUGGACCUAUUUCAGGAAGGUCUGGCUAUGAUAGUUCAGGAUCCUCUGCUGUGUGAUCUGCCUGUACAGGUUACUUUGGAAGAGAUAAAUUCACAGAUAGCUCUCGAAUAUGGGCAGGCAAUGACUGUGAAAGUAAAGAAAGGAGAUGGUGAAAUUAUGCCUGUUGUUGUAAUUCAAAAUGAAACUGUUCUGGAUUUGAAAAAGGCUAUUCAGAGAUAUGUCCAACUGAAGCAACAACGAGAAGGAGGAACACAGUACAUUAGCUGGAAAUAUAUCUGGCGGACAUACCACCUAACAUUUAAUGGAGAGAAGCUAGCUGAUGAUAAAAUGAAACUCAAAGAUUAUGGAAUAAGGAAUCGAGAUGAAGUAACCUUCAUAAAGAAGCUCCGUAAAAAAUAAAAGAUCUAGAUGACUGUACACAUGGUCAGAAGGAAUUUGUAUUCUUUGGUGACGUACCAGAUCUUGUUGCUACUGACAAAAAUUUUUUCUCCGUCAAAUUAUGAAAAUGAAGAAAUGUACAGAGCCUUGGGUUAUUUGUUAAAUAUUAAAGGUCAAGUGAAUAAA